GAAUUGGCAGUUUAGUGACUACAAAAUCUCGCUUUCGUCAAUGAAAGCCAGUGCGACCACCCCCCAGUAUGAAGGUCACUUUGCUCCUCCUCGUCCUCGUCGCACUUUUCGGUUCCGCAGCCCUUUCCCAUGUUGAGAGGGCAGGAACCAAGGAAGAGAUGCAUCGCCGCCAGUUAGAAGCUAAGGCGCGCCACCGGGCCGCCCGUAACUGCGCCCCUGCUAUCCGUGCAUUCUACGUCCGACGCCGACAAGCUCGCAGCGUCUCCGGGGAAUUUUUGCGUUCUGAGAGGGCCAUUAACGAACUUCGUCACAAAUCCAAGGGCAUUCAUAACACUACAUGUGUACUCACGCCUGAGACCACGCAGGGCCCGUACUAUGUGAAGAAUGAACUCGUCCGUCGGGAUAUUCAGCAAGGUCAAUCCGGUGUUCCUUUGAUCCUAGAUGUUGGCGUCAUGGAUAUUACUACUUGCAAACCUCUGCCUCGUGCAUUCGUGGAACUUUGGCAUACUAACGCUACAGGAUUCUAUUCUGGCUAUACUGGCUACACUCUCCCUCUACCGGCCAAUGACACCUCGCCGCCGCCUCCUCCCAAUUCCACGUUCCCUUCUCCGCCACUGUCGGAUGAACUUAACUUCCUUCGCGGCGGAUGGCCGACAGAUAAAGCAGGCGUCGUUGAAUUUCGAACUAUCUACCCAGGCUACUAUAACCAUCGAGCCAUCCACAUCCACACUGCUGUUCAAACAAAUUGGAAGGAGGCAAAGAAUGGUACUAUCGAAUCGACUGCAGGAAAUUUGUUGCACGCCGGCCAGGUUUAUUUCGACGACGCCCUCAAUGAUAAGGUUGUUUCCACGAAGGCAUACUUGAACACUACACAGCAACGCACAUAUAAUUCCCAGGAUAUUUUUUUACCAUUGCAGAACUCGGGUGGUUACAAUGCCUUUGCCGAAACUUAUCAACUUGGGCCUAAAGUUGAGGAAGGUAUACUCGCUUACAUCACUAUUGGUGUGGACCCUGCCGCGAGAUAUUCAUUCUCCAGCUCGAAUUAUUGGGUGCCCAACUAGGUUGUUCUCGAAUUUCUCUCUGUUUGAAUUGUACGGAAGGUACAUGUCUUUAAAUUGCACAAUACGUUCUCGACCCGGUUGGUAGAUCUGUGAACCGCCAAACGUCUUGGGUUUUGAUAAGCGAUGCGGAUUUCAGGCAGAUGAUAGACAUGAUUACACCGCUUGGACACCUGCACACACAU